AUGGCUUCGCGCAGGGGGCUCCUCUGGCUGCUGUGCACGGCUCUGUGUGCUUUGGGCGGCUGUCACGGCCCGCGUCCCCCACACGUCUUUCCCCAGCGUCGCCUGGGAGUACAUGAGCGCCGAGAUCUGCAGCGAGAGAUCCUGGCGGUGCUCGGGCUGCCUGAGCUGCCCCGACCCCGUGCGCCACCCGCCGCCUCCCGACAGCCAGCGUCCGCGCCGCUUUUCAUGUUGGACCUGUAUCACGCCGUGGCUGGUGGCGAUGACGACCGUGUGCCCCCGCAGCCCCACCUGGGGCGCUCCGACCUCGUCAUGAGCUUCGUCAAUAUGGUGGAGCGCGACCGUACCCUGGACUACCAGGAGCCGCACUGGAAGGAAUUCCGCUUUGACCUAACCCAGAUCCCUGCUGGGGAGGUCAUCACAGCUGCUGAGUUCCGGAUAUAUAAAGAGCCCAGCACCCACCCGCUCAACACAACCCUCCAUGUCAGUAUGUUCGAGGUGGUCCAGGAGCACUCCAACAGGGAGUCUGACUUGUUCUUUUUGGAUCUUCAGACGCUCCGAUCUGGGGACGAGGGCUGGCUGGUGCUGGACAUCACGGCAGCCAGUGACCGCUGGUUGCUGAACCACAAGAAGGACCUGGGACUCCGCCUCUAUGUGGAAACCGAGGAUGGGCACAGCAUGGAUCCUGGCCUGGCAGGUCUGCUGGGACAACAGGCACCACGCUCCAGACAGCCUUUCAUGGUUGGUUUCUUCAGAGCCAGCCGGAACCCUGUGCGGACCCCUCGGGUAGUGAGGCCACAGAGGAUGAAGAGGCAGCUAAAUAAAAUCAUCCAGAUGCAGCACUUGAAUAAACACCUAGGAGUCUUUGAUGAUGGCCACGGCUCCCGAGGCAGAGAUGUUUGCCGUAGGCAUGAGCUCUACGUCAGCUUCCGGGACCUCGGCUGGCUGGACUGGGUCAUCGCCCCCCAAGGCUACUCAGCCUAUUACUGCGAGGGGGAGUGUAAUUACCCACUGGGCCACCAAAUGAACUCCACCAACCACGCCACCAUGCAGGCCCUGAUACACCUGAUGAAGCCAGAAGUCGUCCCCAAGGUGUGCUGUGUUCCCACCAAGCUGAGUGCCAUUUCUGUGCUCUACUAUGACAGAAGCAACAACGUCAUCCUGCGCAAGGAGCACAACAUGGUGGUCCAGGCCUGCGGCUGCCACUGAG